CAUCCAUCAUCCUUUAAUCAAAUAUAUAUAUCAAAGAAAACUGGUAACCAGACAUCAUGAAGACCUUGUUCAUCUUCUCUCUCCUCACCCUUGCAGUUACCGAUGCUGUUGCGCAGCUAGACACUACCCGUAGCCAGUGCUCUGAACAUUGUCAGCAGCAGCAACAACCAUGGCAACAAUGGCGGCAGCAGAUGUACCCAUGUGUGGAAUUUCUGCAGCACGAGUGCAGCACAGUGACACUGCCAUUUGUCCAGUCCCGUAUGUGGCAACUUAGCAGCUGCCAUAUAAUGCGACACCAGUGCUGCCUGCAGCUAGCACAGAUCCCGGAGCAGUUCAGGUGCCAGGCCAUCCAUAGCGUGGCUCAAGCUAUCAUGCAGCCGCAGCCCCAGCGGCAAGCUCCGGUUGAGAUCAUGAGGAUGUCGCUUCAGACCUUGCCGUCGAUGUGCAACGUGUAUGUGCCGGCAUACUGCAACCGCCACGGCAUCCCCAUGGCCAGAUGCAGCGGUGGAUGGGUCUGUGAGUCAAUGUAGUGGUGGCAGUAUAAAAGUGCCCGGCAUGAUCAUGCGUGGCCUGUACGGAUGUACUAGUUGCAACUUGGAAAUAACAAUCAACAUCUGUUUCUGAAUGAAUAAAGCAUUUUCCUGAAUAA